GACAUAUCCACAUGACUUUGAUUGAGUCUUCCAAUAUUCUUUCUCUCUGACUUGUGGUUUCCUGAAACCUUCCUCACACUCAAAUGUUUUGUUCUUCUUAGGCACAAUUUCAGAAUUGGUCUUUUAGGGUUAAGAAUUUGGGAUUGUGAAUUGAAAAGCCAUGGACUUCCGAAGAAGAAGGGUUCAAUUUAUUCUCUUUGCUAUCGGAUUAAUCGCUCUUAGUAUGACAGCUGAAAAAUGUCGGGAACUUGUUGGACAAGAAGCUGCAUCAAAGAGUGGACAGUUUACGUUCUUGAACUGCUUUGAUAUGAGUUCAGGAACUUUGGCAUGUGCAGUUAAAGAAGGUGUGAAGCUUUAUUUCUAUAAUAUAAGAUCUAUUCAUGUAGAGAAAGCCCGGAAUGUUGCUAUCGAGAAAGCCUUGCAUGAGGCGUUGGUAAAUAGCAUGCCUGCAAAAGAAGCAGCUAAAGAGGUGCAGAGAGCAGGUGAAAAAGCGGCUAAACUGGCGAGCAGGCAGGCUAAACGUAUCAUAGGACCAAUAGUAGCAGCUGGGUGGGAUUUCUUUGAAGCGCUUUACUUUGGAGGGACUUUAACUGAAGGGUUUUUGCGCGGUUCUGGAACUAUGGUUGGUGCUUACUCAGGAGGGUAUGUGGGUGAGCAGAGAUUUGGUAGAUUCGGUUACCUUGUGGGAAGUACCUUGGGGAAUUGGGUUGGUGCACGGGUUGGACUGAUGGUUUAUGAUGUUGUGAAUGGGGUAAACUUCUUCCUAGAGUCUUCUCAAUCUGGAGAAAUUUAUAAGGGUCAGUCUACAUAUGAAAGUCCUGCGGAUCAGUCUACAUUUGAAAGUCCUAAGGAUCAGUCUACAUCUGAAAGUCCUGAGGAUCAGUCUACAUAUGAAAGUCCUCAGGAUCGGUCUACAUAUGAAAGUCUCGAGGAUCAGUCUACAUAUGAAAGUCCUGAGGACCGGUCUAUAUAUGAAACUUCUGAGGACCAGUCUACAUAUGAAAGUCCUGAAAAUCAGUCUACAUAUGAAACUUCAAGUGACGAGCUCUAGAUGCUUCAUGAGUAAAAGGAUUUCUGGAUUGAAAAUGACCUAAGAAACUUUUGAAGACAAGUCAGAAAGGAAUUGGAAAGCUUUAGAAGAUUUCGGAAUAUUUCUUUCCGAUAUAUUUGACAUAUUUGUAUAGACUAAAAGAGUUUCGACAAGAUCAAUUUGUUGAUGGAUGCCCAAAAUAUUUAAGUUAAAUUUGUUUUAUUGUACAAAUCGGUUGUUUCAAAUUAGUUUUUACUUUUUAUGUUGGU